AUGCUUCAACCCGUCUCUCAGUCAACGAACAACGCUGGGGCAAACCACACACUUUCUACACAAUCAUUUCACAGACCACCGCGAUUCUUAGCAUCAGCUAGAGGAAACCCAGAGCCAAUAAAUGCUUCUGUCGCAUCGACGUCUCGUGUCACACGACCUGGGGCUCGAAUUAUUGAUAACAUUGAACCUGAUGGCACACCUCCUCUGCCGGCGAAUGCUUCUGCUGCAUCAACAUCUCGUGCCACACGACCUAGAGCUCGACUUAUUGAUAGCAUUGACUCCGACGGUACACCUCCUGCAGCUCAACCUUUUGGUAGCAUUGAGCCCGAUGACACACCUUCUCUGCUGGCGCAUGUUUCUGCUGCGUUGACCUCUCAUACCAUAAGACCUACAUCCCGACUCGGCGAUAGCAUUGAGUCCGAUGGAACACCUCCUCUGCGGGCGAAUACUUCUAUCACAUCGACAUCCCGCAUCAUAAGACCUGGAGCUCGACUCAUUGAUAGCAUUGAUUCCGACGGCACAUCUUCUCUGCUGACGACUGCUUCUACUACAUUGACAUCUCAUAUCAUAAGACCCGCCUCUCCAAUCCUCCAGAGCAUUGAAACCGAAGCUCCGCCUCCUCUACCAAAAUCUCGCAAGACCCGGCGGCCCAUGCUCCAGCUUUUAAGAGACGCUGGCCCAGCUAAUCCUGAGCCCGUAAACAUUCCCUCCAACUCAACGGCUCGCGACCCUCGGCCAUUACCGUUGCCAGAUAGGACAGAGACUGGGCGACCUACUGUGCCAACCACAUCAAUAUCUCGUGCCACAUAUCAGACCGUACCUCAGCCAGAAAGUAAUGCUGGGCCAAGUCGUAGGCCUACCUCAUCGACAUCGCGAAUAGCUCAGCAGCCCACGCUUCAGCCCACGAGAAAUGCUGUGCCAGCUCAUGCCUCCACUAUCUCGGCGUCAAGGACAGCUGUACAACCCACGAUUCAGCUUAUGAGAAACGGUAUGCCAGCUCAUGCCUCCACUACCUCAUCGUCAAGGAUAGCUACACAACCUACAAUUCAACCUACGAGAACUUUACCGACUCAGAAUCCCUCUGCUUCAUCGUCUAAGAUAGUCGCACAACCUACGACCCAAUCUACAAGAACUUUGCCGACUCAAAACCCCUCUGCCUCGUCAUGUCGUAUCUCUCAACAGUCUGCAUUCCGCCCCUUGAAAACAACCGCGGCGCCAGCAAACACUCCUACUCCAUCAACUUCUUCUUCCAUCCUCGAGUUCAUUUGUCUAUAUUCACAUGACCUCCGCCGCAAGAAGAAGAGAUGGCAAGACGGCAAGCUUAAGUUCCACACCUUUAACAAAAAGUACGUAGUGUAUGACGAUGGCGGAGGCUUCGUUGGCGAUGGACAUUGGCAAGGAGAGGAGAGCGAAUUCACAGAGGGCGUCGAAAUGAAUCUCGAUCGGGGCAUGGUCAUUGUACAAGUCUUAGAGUGCACGGGUUCCAAGGAGCAAGAUCUGGGGGAGGUUCUGGGGAAAAGGGCGAGGGAGGUGGAGGAGAGGCGUGUAAAUGCUGCAACCAAGAACCCAGCAUCAACAGUAGUACAUGUAGCUUCGUCGAACCCGGCGAAGAGGAUUAGAGGAAUCGCGGCGGCGGCGGUGAUGCAGGUGGCACAGGCUCCCACCCCCGCCCACGCUGUCGCUGCUGCCGCCGUCACCACCGCCAUCACCACCACCACUGCGAUUCCUCUUCCCAGGGGCGGGGGGGCAUGGAGCAAACAUGCCGUGGAUUUGCUGGGUAUGACCCGGCCGAGUAGAUAA